AUGGGUCACAUAGAUACAGAACUCCUCGCUGAAGGAGAUGAACCACCGGAAAGAAAGGACCAAUCACUUGUUGACUCUCCCCGCCUUGACGCCGCCUUUAUGAAAUCACUUCCCCCGGCCUUUACCCGCAGAGAAUCUCUUCUUACCCGCCAACUACAUUCACCGGAGCCAGAACAUCCCAACGAGGACGAACACCAACGUGCCAGAGCUAUUGUGCGUGGCAUGUCGGCAUGGAGUAACCAUAGCGUCGCCUCGACGGCCGAGCUCACCAGCGACAAUGAUUUGACCAGCCCAGGAACUCGCGAAAGCACUCCAAGUCCUCCAUUACCUCCGACCUUGAUUAGAGAAUCUAUCCCGGCGCUGGAGAAGUCACCCUAUAAGGAACCAGUCAUACUCGAGGACAACAAAACGCAGCCCGAGAAGUCCGUUGAAGCCGAACUCGGUCGUCCCAGAUGUAUCACUUUUGCUUGUGGAGGCAAGAAGCCUGCCUCUAACCAUGUUCCCUCGGAAAGUGAGCAAGAAAAGAAACAGACCUCAGCUCCCGCUCCUGCAGAGCCCCCAAAGCGCAAAACUUGCAUCACCUUUGCUUGUCCUUCCAAGCCUGCCGCUCAGACAUCCCCUGUCAAGGAAAAGACCAAGGAAAUCACCCUGGCUCCGACGCAAGGACCCAAACCGAGAAUUGUCAGCCCUGGACCUAAGACCUCAAGAAACCAAGCAUCCCCAAAGCAUAUUACCCGGAGUCAUCGUGGAUCUGAUGCGACAGUCAAAAAUGAUUCCCCAAAAAGUCUUCGCAAAACUCCUUCGAUCACUGUUCGAAGACGCAAAUACAGCAUGGAUAACGAUGACGUGCCUGGCGAAGAAAGACGUUUCCACGAAUUUGGUCCCUCGGAGGAAGAAAACGAACAGUGGCUGGAAGAAUCUGGAUGCUACCGCCAGCGCCUGACCGUCAACGACACCUUGUACAAGGAAAACAUCAUCAGACAAAUUGGUGAGGAAGUCGAGGAAGAGGCCAUCGAGGAUGACGAAGACGAUGAAGAUGAAGAACUCGAAGAAGAUGAGGAUGACGAAGAUGACGAGGAUCUUGAAGACAUUGAUAUUGAGGAAGCCGUCUCAGAUGAUGAAGUCUCCGAUGCUGGUUUCCAGACCGACGAUGAAGAGGGCUUUGCAGUAUCCGACAGUGAAGGUGACGACAGCGAGAACGAAUGGUGGGCCCCUGGAGGCCGCUCCACCGCUGCCACUUCUAUGGAACACCUGGAGACUGUCCGUCCCACCCGCAGAAGAACUAAUUCGGAUUCAUCUUUGGGAUCAGCACAUGGUGAAAACAAGACUGCAUCGGCACCUUACGGCAUGGUCAAGCGCAGAAGCCGUGCAGUAAAGAUCAACCGUCCUCAGACCCCCGAUCUUCCUGACAGCACUGACUUCGUCUGCGGUACCCUCGACGAGGACCGCCCCCUCGAGCAAGCAUACAUCUUGAGCCUCGAGAGAAGAAAGGCUGCUAAGCACAAGGCUAAGCCUCAAGACAUUGAUCCUACCUUCCCCACCUCCGAUCCGGAUAUGGACGAGGAAGACGAUGAUGAGGAUGACGACGAUGUUGAGGAGAGCGAUCACCCCCUUUUCAUGCACGGCAAAAUCGAGAUGAACGAAGACAUGGCUCACCGUGGUCGCCACAAGUCUAAGACUGCUUCCAAGAAGAAGUCCAUCUCGCCCCCUCAUCAACGACUCCGUUCGCCUCCUCCCCCUCCCAAGCAUCGCUCUCACCGCUCACCUCCACCCUCAGCCAAGCGUCUACGAUCUCCUGCUCCAAUUAAGCGCACUAACCACAAAUCACCACCACCUCGCAAGCUCUUCGGCCAAUCACCUAGACGCAUGAGGUCACCCCCGCCUCCACCUCGCCGUCCUACAUCUCCUCCACCAUCCCUGCGCAGUUCAGUCGAAGGCACAUCCGCUAUCAGCUUCACACCAAGAGCCGCUCUUGCUGCUCGUCCUCAACCCACUCACACGGCUUCAUUGCCACGAGUCGAGAGUCAGGUCAAGAUCGGCAAGAACGCCUUGGCUGCUUCUCUUGAUGAACACGAUGAUCCUUUAUCUGGUAUGCGUACCGCUCGUGGCGCCAUUGACAUCGUCAAGGGCUUGGAGAAGAAACGUCAGCGACGCAAGGAGAAGCUCUACCAGAAACAUUGCCAGAAAGGCAAAAAAGAUCACGAACGCAAACCAAAACCAGGCAAGGGCGCAGAAAGAAUGAGAGAAGUUGGACUUGAGCUGGCUGCUUACAAAGGCAAGAAACAGCAUGUCCUCUCUUACUAG